UCGUGCAGACGAAACAAACCUUAUUCAAACGCAAAAUGAUCGCUAAAGCCGCAGUAAUCCUGUCCGUGGUAGCACUAGCAAGUGCUGGUGUAGUCCAACUAGCAGGCCACGGAUACGGCGGUGAGGAGUACGGCCACGAAGCGAUCGCGUACGCCCCAGUAGCCGUUGCGCCAGUCGCGCAUUACGCCGCACACGAAGACACGCAUGUCGAUUACCAUGCUCAUCCCAAAUAUGACUACUCCUACUCAGUGUCAGACCCUCAUACCGGCGACCAUAAGACCCAGCAUGAGGCCCGCGAUGGUGAUGUCGUAAAGGGAGAGUACUCUUUGCUCCAGCCCGACGGCUCGUUCAGAAAAGUUACAUACACUGCUGACGACCACAAUGGUUUCAACGCAGUAGUACACAACACCGCACCCGCUCAUCACGAGUACCACCACUAGCGAUCAACGGCAAAUAGCCCCUUCUAAUGUGAUAUUUAACACUUAAACCUAAUUUAGAUAGUUUUUAGUCGACAGAAAAUUAUUGAUAUAAAACUGCGGCGAAAAUA